AUUAAAUAUGGAGAGCAGUACUUUGAAGAAGCCUAUUGUUUGGUUAGAUAUGGAAAUGACUGGACUUGAUAUACAAGCAUCUCAUAUAUUGGAAGUAGCAUGUAUAAUAACAAAUAAAGAUUUAAAAGUUAUAGGUAAUGAAAUAAAUAUAGUUAUACAUCAGCCAAAUGAGAUACUAGAUAAUAUGAAUGACUGGUGCAUAAAUCACCAUGGAAAGACGAAAUUAACAGAUGAAUCACGUUUCAGUAAGACCACUACUCAAGAAGCUGAAAAAAUCAUACUGAAUCAUUUACAAAUGCACAUAGAAAGAGGUGUGUGUCCACUUGCAGGAAGUUCUGUCUACAUGGAUCGCAUAUUUUUAUAUAAACAUAUGCCAGCAGUUAAUGAUUAUUUACAUUAUAGACUUAUAGAUACUUCUACUAUUAAAGAAUUAAUUACGAGGUGGAAUUUGGAUUGCCCUACAUUCACAAAGAAGAGUAACCAUAGAGCAUUGUCUGAUAUAAAAGAAAGCAUAAAAGAAUUACAACAUUAUAGAAAAUAUGUAUUUCACUUAUGA